CGCGGACGUGGGUCACGUGAUGCCCUCUUACUGGAAACGCCUCGCUCCGUGCCACUUCGGCUGAUUUAACUUUCGGGUCUGUUUGCAUAGUGAAUAUAAUAUCUUGAAAGAGGAAAAUAGCGGUAUAAUUAUUCAGCCGCGUUCAGCGUAGUUAUUACUUUUGAACAUAUAUAUUUGUUUACAUCUCGGACACUUGCAUUUCGACGUUUUCCAUACAGGGCAGUGGUUAUGGUGGUCAGCCUCUGGCAAGGACAACGUUUACCAGCUAGUUAGUUGGAUAGUUUGGUAAAACUUAGUUUGUGAAAGUUAAUUCCGAAGACACGGAAGGAGGGACACCAAGACUUCAUCUCACUUCGCAGCACUAAAGGUUGUCCGGCAGUAUGGCAAGUGCACCUCCAUUAGAGACAGUGGGACUUGCGUUCUCUCCUCAGCCGCCCUCAUAUGAGGAAGCCAUGAGCAGCCCCUACCCCCCGGGUUUUGUACAGCCACCCCCUGCUUUCUCUAAGCCUGAACAAGGACCCUACCCAGUUCAGCCAUACGGACCCCCCACAACCAGUCAAGUGGUGUCCGUACAGACCGUCUACGUACAGCCAAGAGUGGUAUUCGGGUCCCAGCCUGUGCAGACGCACUGCCCUAUGUGUAUGCAGAUGGUGUUGACUCGCCUGGAGCACAACGCUGGCACCAUGACCUGGCUGACCUGUGCCGGCCUCUUCAUCUUUGGCUGCUUCUACGGCUGUUGCCUGAUUCCAUUCUGCGUGGAUGAUUUGAAGGAUGUGAACCAUCGGUGUCCAAACUGCAGCACUGUCUUGGGAACCUACAAGCGCCUGUGAUCACAGUCAGGUGACUGUCACCUACAGGUCUUUUGUUCUGCACCACCUUGCUGUUUGUGUUCUGUAACCACUAUAGAUUUACGAUAGAAGUAUAUCUAAUAGAACUUCUUUAUGUAUAUUUGAACUAAAUUACUAAGUAGUUUGUAAAUUUACCUGAGCCUCCCAGAUAUCGAAUUGUGAACACAAUGUAAUUCUGUAUUAUUAAGUCUCCUCCUUUAAAAGCAUGGCUUCUUACACACAGUCAGCUGCAAAAUUAUUGGUACCCUUCAUGAGAAUAAGGUAAAUUUUAAUAUAAGCCCCAUUGGUUUAAUCUUCUAACAGAUUUUCGUAACAAAUUUAAGGUUUCUGUUAGUGACACAAAUUUUCAUGAAAAUUGCCGUUCCAAAAAUACCGGCAUCCCUAAUGUCAGUAGGUAUAGCCUCCCCAGGUAAGAGUGACAACACUCAACCUCCCUCUAUAAUGUUUAACAAGGUUGGGGCACACCUGCAGAGAAAUCUUGGAGCACUUUUCCAUGCAGACCAAGUCCAGCUCAUUCCGAAAUUCCGAACCCUGCGCAGUUGCCACCCACAAAAACAACAGCAUAAAUGAUUAAUACAAAUGAGCUGCAUGCUCAUAUAAUAUGUAAAUAAAGCCUUUCUGGCUGCAAAGUCGGACUGUAGCUGCUGUAAAUAGAAAACCAAGAGGAGGAAGUUUGAACAGUGUGAGGUUGGAGCAUGAAAAAAAAACAAGAAAAUGUUUAGAAGUACAUUUUCUCAUGAUUUAUAUAUCACAUGUAUAUUUUGCACCAUGUUGCACUUUUGCAUUAGAUGCCAAACUGCAUUUCCUUGUCUUUGCAAUGAUAUUUCAGUUGAAUCUUAAGUAUUUUGAAUGGUAACACCCUGCCACUGUAAAUUCCGUGAGUGUUACGAAACACCCCCAAAAAAUAAGUGGCGAAUCUGAAGAUCGAGAGAAUCAAAUGACUUGCUGGUCACAGGGCUAAUGUGACUGACUGGGACAAACCCACAUCACCCUCAAACUAAAGCAUGCAUAUCGUAUCUAUAAUAGGGGAUGUGGUACACAAAGCUCAAAUGUGUUAUUGAUGUGGUACUCAGAAUGAACAAAUCAAGUCUAUGUCAUGCUGGCAUCACAGAUGACCUGCGCAUUAAUAGAAUGAAAUGGUUUUCUGUUUAUGUAGUUUUGAAAUUUGUCUGUUCACCCACAACGUGGGGAAAACUAAGUGCAAAGGCCUUACACAUAGUGCAAACAGUAAGUAAAUCAGUAAAAAAAUAAUCUUGAAGGUCCUCGAAAACUCGUUCCAUUCUAAUCUUCCCGUUUACAUAGUCACUAACAAGAAUGUCUUUAAGUCUAUCCAUGUUUGCCAAUGUCUGAUGCGUAAUUUACAUUUAGUGUGUGGACCCCCCCGCGACCGAGAAGGAUAAGCGGUUUGGAAAAUUGAUGGAUGGAUGGAUUUCCGAUGCACUUAAAUAAAAUGCAGACAUCUUAGGGUAGGAGAAGAUUCCCAUUUAAAACUUCUGUUCAAAGAGGGAUUCCUGCAUGUAAAGGAGAAAGGCCCCGACAAAAAAAGGCCGACAGAUCAGAAUAUAUUUUAUACCUUUUCUGUGAAUGACCACCUGAUGUUCCUUAUGGCUUCCUGUUAGCUCAUCUCCGGCCUGCACUCAUCCAAGGCCACUCACUCCCCCAUUCUCCCUUAUCUUAUGCACAGACUUCUCCCACUCAUUAUUUCUAACACCCUACAGACACUUACUCAACAAAACAACAUCUUCUUACAGGAUAUAUUGUUAAACGAUGCAUUUAUUUGUCAGUUUUAAGGCUAUAUGGAAUAUGUGGUCUUACUCAACAUUGAUUCUGUUGUACUAUUCAUUACCACUAAGUCUAUGUAUAUUAUACUACACAUGCUCUCUAAUCAAGCAAAGCUGGAGUCACUCUUACAUUUGUUAUUCUGAUCUACACAGACUAGGGAUUGUGUUGCCCUCCCAGCUGAGAGACUGACCCAAGGUAGUGCGAGCAUACCAGGAUAAGUUGGUCUCUUAUCUGAAGCCCUUAAAACUAGCUGUGUAACAAAUAUUUGCAGUACAUAGUCACAUUCACAGCGGAGAAGGCCUAGGGCAUUGACUGCAAUCCCACAAGGCCUAGGGCAUUGACUGCAAUCCCACAAGGCCUAGGGCAUUGACUGCAAUCCCACAAGGCCUAGGGCAUUGACUGCAAUCCCGCAGGGCCUGGUGCAUUGACUGCAAUCCCGCAGGGCCUGGUGCAUUGACUGCAAUCCCGCAGGGCCUGGUGCAUUGACUGCAAUCCCGCAGGGCCUGGUGCAUUGACUGCAAUCCCGCUGGGCCUGGGGCAUUGACUGCAAUCCCGCUGGGCCUGGGGCAUUGACUGCAAUCCCGCUGGGCCUGGGGCAUUGACUGCAAUCCCGCUGGGCCUGGGGCAUUGACUGCAAUCCCGCUGGGCCUGGGGCAUUGACUGCAAUCCCGCUGGGCCUGGGGCAUUGACUGCAAUCCCGCUGGGCCUGGGGCAUUGACUGCAAUCCCGCUGGGCCUGGGGCAUUGACUGCAAUCCCGCUGGGCCUGGGGCAUUGACUGCAAUCCCGCUGGGCCUGGGGCAUUGACUGCAAUCCCGCUGGGCCUGGGGCAUUGACUGCAAUCCCGCUGGGCCUGGGGCAUUGACUGCAAUCCCAGCAGCCCUCAGCUCCUUUACUUCAUAGGGGUAUCAGGCUUUUUUUAAAUUUCACAUCUGCAAGUGCAACUCAUGACAAUAACAAAUAUUUCCAUUUCAUGAAAAGAGGUGACAGCCUCUUUUCAAUGAAAUUAUCAAAGGCAAAUACAUAGUAUUUGGCUUAUACAAAUAAAUAGAAUCCCAGUAAAAUAAAAUAAAUGGAAUUAAUGUAAUAUUAAUUAAAAUUCAUCACAGGUCACAUUUUCAGAUUAAAUUUUUUUUUUUUUUGUGAACAGGUGGGUUGAUCGUAUGAAUACUUGGCAUGCGCACAGUCAUUUAGUUGUUUUACUUGUAAUUCUCUGUUUUAAAAUGGGCCUCUGUCCAAAGUUCCCAUAAAUAUAUGCAUUUUUUCCCUUCAAGUUUUGUUUGAUAAAUAUGAGGAGUUGCAUAAAAAGUUGCAUACGCAAAUUUUGCUCAUCUUUUUUGCGUACGCAGCUUUAAUAACGAGGCCCCUCGUGUUGAAUGCGACAUUGGGCCACUGACUUUAACAAGAGUCCCUGAACCACUGCCAGCAAAACAGCCCUAAGGAGUCAAAGGGCCACCCCCAUAUUUUACUGUGGGUAUGCAGUGCCUACUCCUGGGUUGACACCUCAUCCUGGGUUGUUCCCACUUUUGUUUUUGAAAUGGUGAAACCCCCAAAAUUCAGCUAAGCUUUGCAGUCGUGAAACUGUGAUCUUUGGGCUCCGCUUUGCCUCUCGUAGCAUCCUCCUCACUGUUCGCAGAGGCAGAAUGUGGAUGCAUCCCCUCUCUGGCAAAUUCUCAACAGUUCCAUGCUUUUCAAACUUAUUUGCUAUGGCGCCGAUUGUGCUGAGUGAUAAUUUCAGCUGAAUACCAAUUUCUUUUGUAGCCAUUCCCCAAUCUUUGCAGCUCAACAGGUUGUUUUUCCACAUUUGAGUUGAGUGCUCUUUGGUAUUACCAGUGCUGAUAACAAAAGGAUUUAACCUCUUAUACUUCAUAGUAUUUAAAAGCAGUAUCGAAAAACAUUUUCCCCAUAGAUGCAAAUUCCUUUGCGUUUAUUCAGUAUUCUUCAGGGGUGCCAAUAAUUUUGCCACGUUUUUGACAAACUGUUUCGAAGGUAAAACAACAGUUGUGCAGGAAUACUUUUUUAUUAAGUGAAUAAUUUCUCCACAUAUAAUCACUAUGUUUUUUUUCACUUUUUUGAAGGUUAAUAUUCUGGAGUUGACCGUAUGUUAAUUAUACAGACGCUCCCCAGGUUACAGUGGUCCAUGUCACUAUAUUUCAACUUUAUGAUGGGUAAAUGUUUUUCCUUUUCAGUACAUUAUUCAAUAAAUUACAUGAUAUUCAACAUUUUUUUGAAAUAUAAAUUAGGCUUUGUGUUAAUGGUUUUGCCCAACUGUUGACUAAUGUAAGUGUUCUAAGUAUGUUUGAGACCUGAUCUAGGAACGUGGAAUCUGAGCAUGUUUUUUCCUGUUCUUCAGUGAUACCAGGGAAAAGAUUUUACAAAUGUUCAGUUUUUGUGUAACUCCAUGUAUUCACUCCAGAAAAGAUGCUGCUUGGCAUACUUCCUCAUUAAGAAGGGAAAAUAAGUCUUAUGAUGUAAUAAAUAGUGUGCAUAAAUAAUUUUCCAAAAUAAAUGAAGGAAUGAACAAAACUGGGCUUCAAUUUAUUGAUAGUUUUUAAAAAUAUAAAUAUAAGCUGUUGAAUGCAUGUGUUCCUUGUAACACUGCCACUAAUACUGGGUGCUUAAGCACAAAUAAAUGUUUUAUACAUACUUAGGUUAUUCAAAAAGAACAGAGCAUAUACUAUUUCAAAUUAAUUUUGACCCAGGUAGUAGCAGAUGAUUGUGCAGAUGUGGAUAAUUGAAUCUCCCAAUAAAACAUUUUUAACUAAA